AUGGCUGCAAUAAAUAGACGCUUGCUUUUACUAAUUUUGCUGCGAAGAAGAUUAUCUAGAGCAAGGCAAAGCAAGCGAUGUUGGGUUCGUAAAAUAUUUUCCGAACGUACUUUCAAAGGUGAAUAUCAUGUGCUCAUUCAAGAAAUGAAAUUGUUUGACCAUGAGUACUUUUUUAAACAAUUUCGCAUGUCACCAACCCGGUUUGAGCAUUUGUUGUCACUGAUUGCUCCAAUUAUUACGAAAUGUUCAUUGCGCAGGGAGGCAAUUCCGUCAGAAAGACUUUGUUUAACAUUACGCUAUCUAGUGACUGGUGAUUCUCAAGUAUCCAUUGCAUGUAGUUAUCGCGUAAGUCCGACAUCAAUUACUCGCAUAGUUGCAGAAACGUACGAAGCUCUUUGGACGAUGUUAUUGAGAGAAGGCUACUUGAAAUGUCCUACAACGAGUGAAGAGUGGAAAAAAAUAUCCCAAAAGUUCGAAGAAUUAUGGAACUUUCCAAACUGCGUAGGUGCAAUUGAUGGUAAACACGUUAUGAUGCAAGCACCUGCAUCAUCUGGCUCUACUUUUUUUAAUUAUAAAAAGCAUCACAGCAUAGUUCUGUUAGCUGUAUGUAAUGCCACUUACGAAUUUACGCUAGUGGACGUAGGUCAGUCAGGACGGAAUAGCGAUGGAGGAGUGUUUUUAAAUAGUGACCUUGGCAAUAAACGAUUAAACGUUGGGCAUUUCUAA